AUGGUAACAGUUUUCCCUUCACAACAUGGAAAAGUUGCUAUAGUGACUGGAGGUUCUGGAGGAAUUGGUUAUCAUACUGCGAAGCAUUUGGCAAGACUUGAUAUGCAUGUUAUAAUAGCUGGAAAUGAUGAAAAUGAAGGCCAAGAAGCUGUGAGGAAAAUAAAAGAAGAAACUUUGAAUGAAAAAGUGGAGUUUAUACACUGUGAUUUGGCUUCUAUGAAGUCCAUACAGCAAUUUGUACAACAGUUUAGAGUAAAGAAUUGUCCACUCCAUGUCCUGGUGAAUAAUGCUGGGGUGAUGCUGGUCCCUGAAAGGAAAACAGAGGAUGGGUUUGAGGAGCACUUCGGUGUGAACUACUUGGGACACUUCCUAUUGACUAACCUCCUCUUGGAUAUGUUGAAGCUAUCAGGAACACACAGUCACAAUGCUAGAAUCAUCUCUGUUUCGUCAGCUGUUCAUUAUGUAGGCGAACUGCACCUUAAUGAUCUACAAAGCAGAUAUUCGUACUCGCCUCAUGGAGCUUAUGCCCAAAGCAAACUUGCCCUUGUAUUAUUUACCUAUCUACUACAGCAUCUUCUCACAGCAGAGGGGAGCUUUGUGACUGCUAAUGUAGUAGACCCUGGAGUAGUGGAUACUGACCUGUACAGGCACGUCUUCUGGGCUGUAAGAAUGGUCAAAUGGAUAACAUCCUGGUUAUUUUUCAAGACCGCAGAGGAAGGAGCCUCAACUUCCAUCUAUGCAGCGGUUUCACCAGAGCUAGAAGGGGUUGGUGGCACCUAUCUUUAUAAUGAACAAAGGACAAAAUCUGUUGAUGUAUCAUAUGAUGAAGAGCUGCAGAGGAAGCUCUGGACAGAAAGCUGCAAGAUGGUUGGGAUUUCUGAUAUAUCCAGAUGUCUCUAAAAGUAGCCACUUGGAGCUGGGAGAAUGUAGUGUGUCCAACAAGCAUCCUUUGGUGAAUGCUUUGCAGCAUCAGCCAUCAUCCUGGAAUUCACUGUUCAGUCCCAAAGGCAAACGUGAACAAGUCUGCUCUUCAUUUGAAACCCUAGUCUCCUAGGGAGUGUGAUGGUGUUGGGGGGAACUAUUCCCACAGAAAUGUGUGUGUGGUGGUUUUAAAUCUAACCAUCAGUUUUGUAACCAUGAUGUUUCAGUCUGUGAUUAAAAAGCAAAAUUUAACCUUG